AUGAACAGAACAAAGUGGGAUAAGAAAAUUGUAGAUUGGAUUAUCCCUGUAACAGCGGCAGACCAUCCUCCAAUUACCACUCAGACUUUUGCAAUAGGUGACCAUUCUGGGAAAGAUGAUGAGGCAUGCAACAAUUUAAAUUUAGGAAAACUUGUGAAACAAAAUAAUGGAACUACUAUCAUUGACCAAGAACAGGUUGUUGAUGGCCAGAGUCAAUUGCAUAAGCAGUCAUUAAAUCAUAUGGAUUCUACUUUUUUAAUUGAUCACCUAUAUGUUUGCCUAGAAGGUUCUAAAGAAUUUCUAGAUGAUGAUAGGGGAUUACAGAGUAUUAGAGAACCACCAGAUAAAGGGUUUCAUGUUUUCACGGAUUUUUGGUGUGAUAACUGGACUGAGAAAGGUCCACUGAUUCUUAGGAACUCUGUGAUGCCUACUAUCUUUCCAAAGCUUUCUCAGUUGUUUGUAGAAGGUCGUUGGGAAUUGGGGGAGGUUUAUCAAUUGAUGGAUGAUCAAUUGUUGCAGGAGAUUAUAAAUGUGCAGUUGGAAUUAUCAACAAGGGAAGAUAAGAUUAUUUGGCAACAUUCUUCAGAUGGAAAGUUUACUCUUAAGUCUGCAUGGAAUAGUAUAAGAUCAGAAAGACAUUUUAAUGAUCAAGCUGAUGCAAUUUGGAAACAGAAGGACUAUGGUUUGACACAUUACCCACUAGUCAUUGAAACAAAUUCAAAGGUGUUGAUUGCUAUGGACUUAAAGAAGAGCCAAGCUUCAUGGCAUCUCUGGGAUCUAUUGGACAGGAUAUUUUCCCUUCUUCAGAGUUUUUCAUUCCAAAUUAAGCAUACUUUUAGAGAAGGUAAUGCAGUUGCAGACUCCUUAGCCAACAAAGGGGUGAUUGAUGGUUAUUCUCUAGCAUAUAUUGCUGCGGAUGGUCUUCCAAUGACAACCAAACAGCUUAUAUUGCAGGAUUCUAGACAAAUACGGAUAUGGGCAUUCAGAAGCAUAGGCAUUCAAGGUGGGGGAGUGUACAGAUACCUGGAGGAAUUUUUGGCUGUUGGCAUCCAUUUCGCUGUUCGUCUUCAGAAUGGGGGAGCUUUGCUCUGCUCCUCUGUUCUCAGGCUCAGGCUUCAGAUCUUCAUGGCACUAAUUGCUGGAAUCUCCUUCAGUCUCCAAAAUCUGCAGGGCUUCACUGCUACUGGAUACUCUCCAUUGUUUUGCAUGUCUUUGGGUUCUUUCUCUCUGAAUGGUGCUUACUAUGGCCGAUUUUUAGAAUACAGGCUUUUCAUCUCUUUAUCUCCUUUAACCUUUGGAUUUGCAGAGCUUCUAUCUCACUGGUGCAGAGACUCUGCGGCUGCCUUCUUCUCAUAUGCCAUAUCAAAGUCCCAUUACUCUCAGCUUAGUCAAGAUUUCAACUCAGAAAACGUGCAGUUUCAACAGCAACAUUUUCAGCUCGACUCUCCCAGCUGCUAUCAUUAA